AUGAGCAAAUCGACAACGAGCUCUCAGCGUGCGCCAUGGCGUGAUGUACUUGACUCACAUCUCCAACAAACGCCAGGAUAUGAGUUCACAGUUGCAACGAUCGGCUAUGAUGCACGGAACCGCUCAGUUCCUCGUCUACGCACAUGUGGCUGCCGUGGUUUUUUCCCGGAACUUGAGCUUCACCCCAAAGGCCAGGAAGCGAUGGACGAGCAGGUUGAAGGCGGUGGCAAUCCGCCGGUGUUUGAAAGUGACAUGCUUUGCUUUACCACUGAUGCUCGAAUGGAAAAGCUUCCUCAGCUGGAGUCAUCUGGAAAUGCUAUUGAGGCCGUCUUUUGGUUAAAGGAUCUCAUGAUUCAAUGGCGUAUCAAGGGGACUGCAUAUGCAAUUGGAGACCCCCAAACCAAGGUAUCAGAGAACGAGAAGAAAUCUAGAGAAGAGAUUCAGAGGGGCUUGCGGAUGAAAGACGAUGGUCGUGAAAUUGCAAAUUGGACGUGGGACAAAGCUGUCACCAAGUACUUUGCAAAUCAUUCACCAAUUGCAAGAGGCUCUUUUCGAAACCCUCAGCCUGGGUUGCCUAGGUCCCAAAAGCCUGACAAUCCUGAUCUGAAACUUGGCCAGAAAGUCACAGAUCUUCACGACCAUGUCGCCCGCAACAACUUCAGGGUUGUGGUUAUAUGCCCAGAGGAGGUCGAAUGCUUGGAUUUGACAAACCAAGAGGACGGAAAGAGAUGGAAAUGGGCAUUGGAAGGUGCGAGUGACUCGCCUGAUGCUCAAUGGAGCAAGAUCGAGGUUUGGCCAUAA